UACCUGAAGGCACCUAAAAUUCGAAGAGUAUGGCGGCGGAGUGUUUGACAACAUUAACAGAGCAGUGGAUACGGGACAGAUUACAAUUAAAACAUCCUUGUCUCGGUGAUGUCCGCUCGCUGAGCCUCCCGGGGACGUAUGAGGAGAAGAUAAGACAUCUGGGAAACUCACUAAAUAAUUUUGUCCGGCUAAAGUCCCUGGACCUUUCCUGCAACGCGCUCGUCUCCGUUAAGGGUGUUCAACAUUUGAAAGUGCUGGAGAGGCUGAUCCUGUACUAUAACUGCAUACCUUCCCUUGAAGAGGUGGAAGUACUGUACGAGCUGCCAGCUUUGAGAGAGCUGGACCUAAGGCUCAACCCUCUGACCAAAAGUCACCCACACUAUCGCCCUUAUCUGGUGCACGCCAUGCCCACCCUACGCAACCUAGAUGGCUGCUCAGUCAGAGACACUGAGCGCAAAGCUGCCAUACUGCAGUUCUCCUCUGACCUUCUACCUCAGCAGAAGAGCUCAUCUUUGAAUCAUCUUGCUGACCAAAGAAGCAGUGGUCCGAGAAUGGCUUUAGUUAAUCGCUUAACCAAGAGGCUCUCUCUCCUGACUGAAACUGAUGACAUUUUGUUGAAUUUUGUUGCGACGAAUCAUGGAGACCAUGGUGACUCAGUUCACAAGGAGGAAGACGAACCCAAACAGCAAGAAUCAGAAGAUUUUACAGAACAGAGAAGUUCUACUCCAAAACAGGAAACUGCUAAAUCUAUCCUCCGGUAUCCCCCCACGAAAUAUGAUAACACAGAGUCCAAAGUGCCACACAUGAAGGAACCAUCUCAUAUAAGAAGCUCUAGCUCAUUAAAAGUGGCUGAAAGACCAAAGGUGUCCUUUGGCCCCUAUGCAGAGAAAUGUAGACCUGUGCCUGGAAAACAAAAGCAAAAGGACCUCCACAAACUAACCAGACAUGCAGCCAAGGGACAUUAUACCGCUAAUCCUGAUCAAAGUCGCCAUCAUAGCUCUUCAUUUGUUAAUAUCCGGCCUCCCAGUCCACGUGGUACUGGUUUGAAUCUAUCUGACCCAUCUAACCCCAUUUUACAUCCUCCAAGACUGACUUACUCCAGCUUCAACAAGACAGGAGAGGGCUCCAGCCUGGCCCAGCAUAUGGAAAAGAAAAAAAGGGGUAGUUAUAGGAAACCCCUGGAGAUGCUCCUCAACCUCGUAGACAAACACUGGACAGGAGAGAGAUCACUGCAUCAUAACAACAACUUCCUGUCUCAGGCAGUCCAGAUCCUCUCUAUGAUGGAAAAUGAUAUUUCCAGCCGGGAGGCCGAGGUCAGGUCCUUAAGACGAGAAGCUGAUGCACUGAGCUUUCAAGCGGCUGCACAAGAGGAACAGCACAAAACUGAAGUCCGUAACCACUCUGCUCAGCUGGAGGAGGCUCGCAGCGCAGUUGGCAAACUAAAUGAACAACUGAGGAUUGUCUUGGAGGAAAAUGUUGCUCUGCAGAAACAGCUCAUCAAGUUAGAACGACAGUAUCUCAAGUCUAUGAUGAAAAGUUCACCAAUUACUCAGAUUAAAGAGGCUCAGACAGAAGUGGAGGAGCUGAGAAAAGAGAUCGAGGGGUUGAGGGAGAAAGUGCAGGAGGCUGAGAAAGUCAAGGAAUUGUCAAAUAUGCUUCAAGAAAACCACAGAUCCCUGGUCGCUACUAAUGAAUGUCUGCUAGCUGAGCUGAAGGGAAGUGGGGAACAUUAAAGAAGAAUUUCAAUGAAAAGAUGCACACCAGGAUGAAAGACUAUGCCGAGCGUCAUAUUAGCAUUGCAUGCUCUGCAUGAGGCAGUUACAGACUGUUUUUUUAAUUCAUUUUUACUUGAUGUUUCCCAACCCUUGUGUGUUUUAUUGUGUUAAAGUAGUGUUUAUUAUUUCAAAAACACAUGUAUACGCUGUGUUUGCUUGAUGUAAACCUUAACGGGGAAAGGCAAUUCAUUCAAGAAAGUUUGUAUAUAAGUGUGUGACAGGGCUGUUAUGUAAAAUAAUUCUAAGGGAAAAAUGUUAGCGAGAAGGUCAUAAUGUAUAUCCCGGAUUGGUGGUAAGAUUGUCUUUCUCUGUUUGGAUAUUGUUUUUUUUUUUUUAGGUCACUUGUUCCUUCAUCUGCUUUGUACGCUGCAGUGAAAUGAAUGCAUCCAGAUUCCA